AUGGCUACCACUAGUGCUCACGAAUCUAGUGAUGUUGGUGCUUCCACAAGUGAAUUAAUUGUAGUGAAUAUCCUAGCAACCACAAGGAAACAAGAAACAUGGGUAAAUUUUGAUUUAUGUGAGAUCUCGAAUGGAAAGAAGAAGGCCAGAUGCAAACAUUGUAAAACGUUUUUGGCUGCAGGUGCCAAUUCCACUUUAAAUUCCCAUAUUAGUGACCAUUGCAAGGUAUUGAAAGGCACUGCAAAACCCGGGCAAUCACAAAUGUCAAAAGAGGGGGUUAUUUUUAGUUAUGGUGUGGAAAAGGUUCGUAAGAGGAUGGCUCAGUUUGUUAUUCAACAGGAAACCGGUGUUAAUUUAACCACUGAUGUUUGGUCUGCCCCCCAUGGUUUACCGGAAUUGUAUCUUUGUGUUACAGCACAUUGGGUCGAUCAAAAGACUUGGCAAUUGAUGAAAAGCACAAUUGCGUUUGAGAUGUUUGGAUAUCCACAUACCAGAGAUGCCUUAUUUGAAAUUUUAGAUGAAGUGAUACAAACUUAUAAGUUGGAAAAAAAGAUUUUGUCAAUUUCUUUUGAUAAUGCUUCAAAUAAUACUAGUGCGGUUCAAAAGUUGAAGAUAAAUUAUGAACCUAUCUGUAAUGGUAUGUUUUUUCAUAGUAGAUGUGUUGCACACAUCAUAAAUUCGGUUGUGCAACAUGGACUAGAUGUUCCCGCGAUUAAGAAGGUAAGAGAUGUUUUUAAAGAAAUGUUACAAGAUGUUUUUGCAAGUUCUAAAAGAAGACGUAAGGAGUAUGAGAAAUUAUGCAAGGACUUAAAGAAACCGUGA